CAGAUCCUUCCUCACAAUCCCCAAUUCCAAGACUGCCCUCCCUCCCAGUCCUCUACUUCUACUUCUUCCCCCCUUCGCCUCACCCCGUCAAGCACGCCGCCGCCCCCGCUGACCCGCCUCUGCGAUCCCUGCCGCGCCGCCUCUGCGCUUUCUGCCGCGGCUGUCCUGCUCAUCGUCUCCGGCCUCCCCUGCCGGAGUGGAGCGGCGUUGAGAUCCGGAUGGGUUCCGGCUGAUUUCCCUUUAAUCGCUGCGGUCCUGCGAGUUUCCCAAGCAAUACUUGUACUCUUCUGCUAAUAAGCAGGUGCUGCCACUGUAGAAAGAACAUUGACAGCUCCCAUGGCAAAGCCCCCCAAUGGCAUUGGCCGUAGCAGCAGCAUGCCAAGAUCAAAUGAGGGCAUGAGGCUCAUAUUUUCAGCAGUUGUCGGUGUUAUGCUGGGCUACUUGUUUGGGAUCUCCUUCCCUUCAGUCAACAUAACCAAGCUUCACUUCCCUUCCAGUAUUAUCUCCUACAUCGAAGAUAGAAACUCUGGCAUCACAACCCAGACAUUGUUGAACCACGCGUGGGCGUCUGCAAAUAGUCAUAAAAAGAACAGUUCUGAUUCCAGAUCUGAUGAAAUUCCCAAGAUUUAUGUUCCCACAAACCCAAAAGGCGCUGAAAGACUUCCACCAGGCAUUGUUGUGUCUGAAACAGAUCUUUAUCCCCGAAGGUUAUGGGGUGAUCCUAGUGAGGAUCUUUCUAGCGAGCCAAACUACCUUGUUACUUUUACAGUUGGAAUCGGGCAAAAGGCAAAUAUUGACGCGGCAGUAAAAAAGUUUUCAGAUAAGUUCACCAUUAUGUUGUUCCAUUAUGAUGGUCGGACUACUGAAUGGGACGAAUUUGAGUGGUCUAAGAGAGCCAUCCAUGUGAGUGUCAGGAAGCAGACUAAAUGGUGGUAUGCAAAACGAUUUUUGCAUCCCGAUGUUGUUGCCAAAUAUGACUACAUUUUCAUUUGGGAUGAGGAUUUAGGUGUCGAGCAUUUCAAUGCAGAGAAGUACAUUGAGCUUGUUAGGAAGCAUGGGUUGGAAAUCUCUCAGCCUGGUUUGGAACCUGACAGAGGACUAACAUGGCAAAUGACUAAACGCCGUGGUGAUCAAGAAGUUCACAAAGUAACUGAGGAGAGACCAGGCUGGUGUACCAAUCCGCAUCUGCCACCAUGUGCAGCAUUUGUUGAGAUUAUGGCAACUGUGUUCUCCAGAAAUGCAUGGCGCUGUGUAUGGCAUAUGAUUCAGAAUGACUUGGUCCAUGGAUGGGGUCUCGACUUUGCUCUUAGGAAAUGUGUGGAGCCGGCUCAUGAGAAGAUUGGAGUUGUUGAUGCUCAAUGGAUUGUUCAUCAAGCUAUUCCCUCACUUGGGAACCAGGGUAAGUCAAAUAAUGGAAGAGCACCAUGGGAAGGGGUAAGAGCACGCUGUAGAAAAGAAUGGGGAAUAUUUCAAACAAGGUUGGCUGAUGCCGAGAAGGCAUAUUACUUGGAACAAGGCAUCACGCCCCCAAAUUCAACAGUAGUUUAGAUGAAUACAUGUAACUCACAUGCCAUGGCAAGGUUUCUGUUGCGGGAACCUAGUCCUUGCGUAACGUCAUAUUCAUCGAAGCAGCUGCAUCCAUACCACGGCAGUUCCAGGGCCAUAUAUGUACAUGAGAGCUCUCAAGAGUCAGCACGGUUAAUCUUAGUUUUGUCGCACUUGGUUUUAAUUUCAUUUUUUGGUUAGUGAGACUAGCUGUGAUCUAAGUAGAUGUAGCAGGGACCAUAAGGUGGAGUACUUCCUUUGAUACUGAUUUGUUUAUUGAUAACCUGAUGCAAUAGGGAUAUUGACUUUCCUUUU